CCUUCCAGUGUGGCAGAGCUGCACACAUGCGCUGUGGCCCCUUCUCCGGCAGUUGCUCGUUAUGUACCCAACUGGUCGUACAGCAGUGUGUUGGCUCCGUAUGAGGUUCAGUGCGUUUUAAUUAACCGACGUGUGCGGAUUACAACCCGGUCGUCCAAGGAACUCAAUGUAGUGGUUUUUAGCGUGUCGUCACCACACGACUAUUCGCAUUCAUCGUGGCACACCGAUUUGUGCGAAUUUACCCCAGAAAAGUGUUGUUUGGCUCAAAAUUCGCGCUUUGUGGAUAUUUUUGGUGCAAAGGAAUUUUUCAUGUGGUGGCCUAAGACGUUGCUCUGAGAGUGCAAAAAUCUUCUGAAGAAGAAAUUCAAGAAGAAACCAACGCAUUUCUGUGUAGUGUGCUUGAGGAUUACAGUGCACCUCUUCGUGACCUCAACAAUGGGUCCAAGACGUGAUCUCACCGUUGAAACGUGAAUUGAGAAUUCUCUCAGAUCACACAGAAUAAACUUUACACAAGUGUGUGGAUGCAAAAAAAAAAUAACCACGAAGAAACAUUCAAGAAACUAACAAAUUGUACUUGACGAUAAAGAGAAGAAGCAAAAGGAACUCAUGCGAGGAGGAAUUAUGUAAAUUCCAAGAGGGAAGUCUCAAAGAGAAGGAAACCAAAAUAAUCGAGAUUCUUCGUGUGUCCACGUGUGUGUGUGUGCAUAGCACGAGAAAGUCAAUAAAAUAAGCAAAGUGUUCUUGUUGAAGAGUGACCAAGGUUCGAGGAGUGUUGUUUAAUAGAAUCUUAUUUGCUUUACACAACCCAAAAGAAAAAUAAUAAGAAGAAAGUGUAAGAAAGGCACAGAAAGUGGAAAAUAUAUAGAAGAGUUUUAAACGUGAAUGAGGAAGUGAUUUUCAUGUGAACAUUGCGCCAGUCUUUAAGUGAAGUGUUUCGAUAUUUAUUUUUGGAUAUUAAUCCUAUAUAGGUGAACAAAGAGAGAGAGAGGGAACACAAGGAUAUCAAUACAGCAAGACAGUCGCUCUGCGAGCCCGCGUUUUUUGCUCACCCAUUCCCGGAUAAACCCCAUGCGAAUGCUGCAUAGUCUAUGUACAACGACGGGUAUAUAGCACGAAAUUAUGAUAUCUUGCCAUCCACACAGGACACAACCCGCAAAAAUUGAUUAAACACAUCAACGCAUUGCUGUAGAGCACAAGAAUUUAACGUGGUGGCAAUAGAAGCAUCUCAAGCACCAUACUUCACAAAAAGACAAAUCCAUCCUCCGGACACGCUCGAGGUAUUAAAUGACAAUCACUUAACACCUUCUGCGCUUCCGACCAGACAAAUGCGAAAGAUGCCCGAGAGCGUCACCGGCCGGAAGGCGCCAAUAUCUCGCCAUUGGGUACUCGUUGUCGUGUCCAUGCUGAUGGUGCUGAGCAGCCCUGGGGUGCACGGUGAGGUGGACUGGGGUCAAACGUGUGGCACAUGCAGCUGCAAAUGGGUAUCGGGCAAGAAGACAGCCGACUGCCGGAAUGCAUCACUGAGUAGUGUGCCAACGGAGUUGAGUAGUGAGCUUCAGGUGUUGGAUUUGUCCCAGAAUAACAUCCCGGAGAUUCGACGGGAGGAAUUUAGUGAUGCCAAUCUGCAGAAUGUGCAUAAGCUCUUUAUGCGCAACUGUACGCUGCAGGAUGUACACAGGGACGCCCUCAAGGGGCUACUAAUACUCAUUGAGUUGGAUUUGUCCAACAAUCUCAUACGCACCCUACCUGUGGGUGUCUUCGGUGGCCUCAUUAAAUUGCGCACAGUUAUUCUCAAUAAUAACCAAAUUGAGGUGCUCGAAGAUAGAUUAUUUGAAAAUCUUAAAUUCCUCUAUCGAAUUGAACUGAAGAACAAUCAUUUGAGAACAAUAGGGCUCAAUACCUUUGUCGAUGUGCCCGUCCUCCUGCAAAUCUACCUGGACUCCAAUAAGCUCAGCAUACUGAAGAAGGAGUCCUUUGAAGGCUUGGAAAAGCUCGCCAGCUUGUCGAUCCUGCAGAAUCCGUGGAAUUGCUCGUGUGAACUGCAGCAUUUUCGGGAUUUCAUCAUAAGUCGAAAUCUCUAUACAAACCCCACAACGUGCCAUGAUCCGCCACAUUUGCGCGGGAAGGCAUGGUCAGAUGUACCAUCGGAGAAUUUUGCCUGUCGCCCAAGGAUCGUAAUGCCACGAGCGGGAGCAUCCCUCGAUGCAGGUGGGGACAAUGUAACACUAACGUGUAGGAUAAAGGGAUCACCGAAGCCUGAUAUUUCGUGGAUCUUCAAUAAGAAACCCCUCAAUAGCUACGACACCCGGAUACAUGUCCGGAAUUCGCUGGAACCAAGCCGACGCGACGGCCUGGACAGUUACACGUCAGACUUGACAAUUGUGGGUGUUCGAACGAGUGAUAAAGGAACGUACACGUGUGUGGCUGCUAAUCGCGGUGGUAAGGAUGAAGCGAACAUCGUCCUUGCCGUUCCAGCAAAUUCCUUUGGUGGCUCUGGCUCAGCGUCAGGGCAAUUCCCAAAACUCCUUCUUGUUGUCUGCCUUAUUACCAUCGGUUUCCUCCUACUUCUGCUCAUUGUGGUGUUCCUCUUUUGUUGCUACUGUCGUCGCGUGAAGAAGUACAACAAAAAUGGGUCCAUCAGUGAAAAUGGCCUAGUUGUGUCGAAAAUUGAUAAAUCCCAAAAUGAAUCAAUGCUCGAGGGUGGAUCAGUGAUUAUGGAGAUGCAGAAGAGUCUCCUGACUGAGGUGAAUCCCGUGGAGAAGCCACCACGGCGAUCGGACGUGGAGUCAAAUGGUGCAAUUGAUACGGACGACGGGCAUGAAGUCAAGAAGACUCUCCUCGAUGAGACGGCUUUUGGCAGUCAUGACGAUGAAACACAAUCUGUUGCACUGUCCGACACAACGCCACGCUCUCGGCAAACUUUUGUAGAUGAUGGCUACGGUACGAAUUUGCCACCGGACCUGCUGGCCUUCCCGGCACAUUUCUCGCAGUCGCCGUCAUUGCAGACGUCCGUGACCAAUAUGCAGGACCAUCGGCUGUAUGGUAAGUCACCGCUGUCGAGUCCGGUGUACCAGCCGACGAACCCAAGUGCCGGCGUCUACGCCACUGGCUUCCGUACGUUGCAGCAUCCGGCAAAGGGUGCCGCCAAGGUGGCCAAUCACCGUGCCCAAUCACCCUUUACGCCGGCACCACUGCUGUACCAGCCUGUGGUCAUGAAGCAAGGCUACGUGACCAUCCCACGGAAACCCCGAACGCCAAGUUGGAGUGCAGCCUCGACGCCUACAACAGCCACAACGGCGGAAUUUCCCGCCACAACACCGGCAGACGAGUACACAGAGCCUGUGUACGACAACCUAGGACUACGAACAACAGCAGCGGGCAAUUCGGUGCUCAAUCUCAAUAAAUUGGGUACUGGAAAAGGAGCUCAGAAGUACACAAUGAAGGACAGGCCAUUGCCGGCAACACCCUCUGCCACGUUGGGACAGUACGAACCCCUAGGACCCGCCCCUGAGGCUGACACCCCCUAUGGCGCCAAGACAAAACCCACGAAGAUUCCACCCAGGCCCCCACCAAAACCGCCCAAGAAGAAGCUCUCCGUAACCAGCGUCGGUAGCACCAGCCAGUUGUUCGAGGACGAAGGUGAGGAUGGAACGGAAGUUUAGUGGUGGGAGUUAAAACGGCUCCUUGUGCCGUUGCUUGGCGCCUAAACGCUUCACGGCGUCCAAACACAAAAACAGUGUGAUUUAAACAAAAUGAAAAAAAAACUAUCUCCUAUAAAACAUAGUGCAUGAAAGGGGAAAAAUGAGCAUAAUUUAUGUAAUGUGAGAACGCGAGUGCCAACCUAAAAAAAAAACAAUUUGUUUUUUUAAAUAAUAAAAAAGGAAAUUAAAAAAAAAAUACUGGAAAAAUUUCCCAAACUUCGAGGAGGGAGAGAAAAUAUAAAUUUUGCAUUUGCGUGCAAAAUUGUGUAUACAAGUACCUAUAUAUUUUAGCCCGGAAUACACAAAAUUGACCAACGACAAUGAUUUAUUAUUUUGACGACUAAAAAUGCUGAAAAAAAAAUUACAGAGCCACAUACAAGUGAUUGUUGGGCAUGGUUUUAUUAACUGAACCAUGAGAUAUGAAAUAUGAAUUGAAUUUCAAAAUAUUUAUUGAAGAGAAUGGAAAGUUUAAAAAAAAAUGAAGAUAAUGUGUAAAAUCGAGUGCCUUUCAUCGUUCUCCAAAAAUGUUAAAGCUGAAAAGUGAGUGAGUGUAGUAGCGAAGAUGUUUUAAAAAAAAAGUGCAGGUUAACCCGCCGAGAACAAAAGAAAACUUCCUUUCUCAACCCUAAAUGCCCUUAACUUUAUUUCUUACCCCUAUUCAGAUUAAAGGCUUAACCCUUGAAUUGUUAAAUUGGUUAGACAACUUUUACGUCUUUACUCAACUUUUCAUUUGAGUUCCCUAAAUCCAAAACCUAAUGCUAAAGGUAGGCAAAAUUACGGGGUUAGCACCUAUCCCCUCUUUAUAUUCCAUUACCUAUCAUCGUGUAAUUUUUAUUUAAAAACGAAAAUCGUGCAGAUUUGCUCAAGCACAAGAAUUUCCUCAACAAUUUGAAAUUCUCAAAAGAACGACUCUUCUAACACUUUGUUUUAAAAGUGUUUUCCUAAUUUUAAGAAAAAAAAAACUUUAGCAUCUACAAAAUUUAGUAUAAAGGCGCGUGGAAAUUCCAUUCAUUUGAUGUGAAAACUGUUUCGAGACUGAUUUGACACUUCUUUUGGUAUUAAAAAAAAAUACGUACACAAAUUUUUUAAAUAUAAAUCAACAUUUUUUUGGUUGUUUUCGUGCAUUUGUGUUGCUGUGAAUUUUUAUUUGAAGCUCAAAAAAUUAUUUAGUCAAAAUUUAAACGAAUCAGUUAAGCUAAUUGAACUCAUAAGAAGUAAUUUUAUCGGUUACGUUAACAUACAGUCUUAGUUUUUGAAGUUUUUUAACAUCUUGUAUCAAAAGUUUGACAAAAUAGUGGAUUUAUUUUGUAAUAACUGCAGCUUUUUCAAAAACUAAAUAAACAAACGCACGUUAAACUAUUUUUAUGUAGUUAGUUCAAAAUCUUUGCUGAACAAACUUUAUUUACCAGCUGACUAAAAUUGUAUUUCGCUGCAUACAAAAAAGCUGCAGUUUUUCAAAACUUUUAAAACACUUUUAAAUUCCUUUCAAAUUUUAGUUUUAUUACCUAGUUCAAUUCCUAAAGCAAUUAAAUCAGCGUUUAUUUACUUUUAUUCCAUCCUAAACCAGUUUAGUCCAAUCUUAAAACUUUUAUUCUGAUGUGCAAACAAAUUGAGAUAAAAUGUAGCUUUUUAUAUGGUUAAAAGCAAAAGAAAAAGAAAACGAUUUUAAAUAAAAGUUAGUAAUAUAUUUAUAAAUUUUUAGUAUAUGUAUUGUCUUUUAUAUUUUAUAAAUGAUUAAAGAAGAAAAAAACGAAUUAAUUAGAUUUUUUUUAAAUAAAAAUAAUUUUUAAUUUCCUAAAUUUAACUCUACUUUUAAGUCACUUCUAGGCGGACCAGUUUGUGAAUCUUGAACCACAAAAAAUCUCUUAAAAAUAGUUUAAAAAAAAAAACUUUCUUUCUAAACAAUCCAUACUUCCAUUUGCAUUAGAGAGACCCACAAAUUGUUAUUUUAUUGGUAAUAGAAAAUAAAAGAAUUCUUGAAAAUAUUUCAUAGAUUUAUUGUGCAUGUUUGUUUUAAAUGAGAUGAAAAAUAGAAAGAAUGAAUUAAGAGACUUUAGUUUUGUAAUUAACCAAUAUUAGAUUACAUUGUACAGAUAAAACGAAUAUUCAAGUUCUUAUUAUACAUAAAAAAGGAAAGGAAAGAAAAUAGAGUUAAAUGUGCUUUUUUAUACAUGAAAAAAUUAGUUAAAAAUAAAAUGAAAAGUAAAACAGAGCUGAUUUAUUAAGUGAUGAGAAGCGUUGAAAUAAAAAAAAAUCUCCUCUAACUUGAAAAGAAGAAUGUAAAAUUUUCGAGAUAAAGAAUUUCAUUUAUUUUCCGGCGAUGAAAAUUGAAGAAAAAAUAAAAAGAAAAAAAGUCGUGUAAAUAGUAAAUCAAAAAUGGAAGCAACAAUUUACUGUGAAUCAGAUGAAAUAAUGCUAUAUUUACUCUAAAUAGGUAAUGAUGAAGAAGAAGUAAAUGCUAUUGAUAAAUAAAAAAAAGGAAAAUAAAUGAAGAAGAAACAUAAUAAAUAGAUGAUGAUUAAAAGAACAUAAAUGAUAUAUAAAACUUGCCAACCUCCAUAUUAUAUUUACGAGAAAGAUAUAACUGUAAAAAAACUAUGUUAAAUAAAUUAUUCGAAUAAAUGAAAUAACAGAAAAGAGGAAAUAAAUAAA